GGGGCUGAUAAAUGAUAGAUGAAGGAGGAGAGAAAGCUGAGGAUGCAGGUUUGGUCCCAAACACAAUCAUCCAUCGAAUCGUCUCGUAGCAUCGCCCACGUCAAAGAGACGCUAAAACSUGAAGGACGGUCCCACUUCCACUAGCCCUCCGCUGCGGAGGAGAUGUAUUCCCAAAGGGACUAAUUCAUACGUCUCUUCAAAGGAGCACACCGAAUUCACUUCGACAGGCACCUUGAUACAAGCUAGAAAUGAUGAUUGYAUCUCUCAGAUAUGGGACAGCAGUUGUAUUGAUAUUACUCAAAGCACUGUUUCUUGCGACACACGCCACAGAGGAUGGGAUCUUUACAAAUCAUCUCUUGGUUCAGUUGCAUGAAGGUGCACAUGAUGAAGCGCACCAACUUGCAACAGAGCACGGGUUUCAUAGUGCCCGGAAGCUUCCCUUUGGCGAGGGUCUUUUUCACUUCUACCCCCAGAACACCCAUCAGAGGAGGAGCAAACGCAGCCUUCGCCACAGACAGCGCCUGGAGAAGGACCGCAGGGUAAAGAAUGUGUUGGACCAAGAGGGCUUCGGCCGACAGAAGCGAGGCUACAGAAGCAUCGAUGAAAUUUACAUCAAAAUGACCGACCCCCUAUUCAGCAAACAGUGGUAUCUGAUCAACACUGGCCAGGCUGAUGGGACCCCCGGACUCGACCUCAAUGUGGCUGAGGCUUGGGGACUGGGUUACACCGGGAGAGGCAUCACCAUAGCUAUCAUGGACGAUGGGAUCGAUUAUCUCCACCCAGAUCUUGCAUCAAACUACAAUGCAGAGGCCAGCUUUGACUUCAGCAGCAAUGACCCAUACCCAUAUCCCCGCUACACGGAUGACUGGUUUAACAGUCAUGGAACAAGGUGUGCUGGUGAGGUGUCUGCAGCAGCCAACAACAACAUCUGCGGAGUGGGAGUGGCCUACAACUCUAAGGUGGCAGGUAUCCGUAUGCUGGACCAACCCUUCAUGACGGACAUCAUCGAGGCAUCAUCCAUCAGCCAUAUGCCCCAGGUCAUUGACAUCUACAGUGCUAGUUGGGGUCCCACCGAUGACGGCAAGACAGUAGACGGACCCAGAGAGCUCACUUUGCAAGCCAUGGCUGAUGGAGUCAACAAGGGCCGAGGAGGGAAAGGCAGUAUCUACGUAUGGGCCUCUGGAGACGGUGGUAGCUAUGACGACUGUAACUGCGAUGGUUACGCCUCCAGCAUGUGGACCAUCUCCAUCAACUCAGCCAUCAACGACGGCCGCACGGCCCUGUAUGACGAGAGCUGCUCCUCCACCCUCGCAUCCACCUUCAGCAACGGACGCAAGAGGAACCCUGAGGCUGGCGUGGCCACCACGGACCUGUAUGGAAACUGCACCCUGCGCCACUCUGGAACAUCAGCAGCAGCUCCUGAAGCAGCCGGAGUGUUUGCCUUGGCGUUGGAGGCCAAUCCUAACCUGACAUGGAGGGACAUACAGCACUUGUCCGUGCUGACCUCCAAGAGAAACCAGCUACAUGACGAGGUGCACCAGUGGCGGAGGAACGGUGUGGGCCUGGAGUUCAACCACCUGUUUGGUUACGGUGUGCUGGACGCUGGCGGCAUGGUCAAGAUGGCCAAGGAGUGGAAGACUGUCCCCGAGCGUUUUCACUGCGUGGCUGGAUCAUUGCAGGAUGUCCAUAUGAUCCAAUCGGGUGACAAGCUGAUCCUGACCAUCUCCACUGACUCCUGCCAGGGGAAGGACAACUUUGUCCGCUACCUGGAGCACGUUCAGGCUGUGGUCACAGUCAAUGGUAGUCGCCGUGGCGACCUCAACAUCAACAUGACCUCCCCCAUGGGCACCAAGUCCAUCCUGCUGAGCUGCCGGCCCCGGGACGACGACGCCAAGGUGGGCUUUGACAAGUGGCCCUUUAUGACCACACACACCUGGGGAGAGGACCCCCGCGGGACAUGGGUCCUGGAGGUGGGCUUCCAGGGAGACAAGCCACAGAGAGGGGCCCUGAAGGAGUGGAACCUCAUGCUCCAUGGAACACAAAGUGCCCCUUACAUAGACCAGAUAGUGCGCGACUACCAGUCCAAACUAGCCAUGUCAAAAAAGGAGGAGCUGGAGGAAGAGCUGGACGAGGCAGUGGAGAGGAGUCUGAAGAGCCUGCUGAGUAAAAACUAGCUGACGUAGCUAACUAAACACCGUCUGGUCAGGUCUGCAUGCCGGGCCGGUCUUGCUCUCUACUUCUCUCCUAUCUUUCUCUCACUUCCCCUCUCUUUUUCUCGCACUUUCCACUUCUCACACUUUCUCUGCCCCUUCUCGCUUUAUCUUGCCCUCUCUCUCACUUUCUCUCCUGACUCCCUUUCUCUCCUCUCUCAUUUUCUUUCCUCCCCUCCCACCCUUUUCUCUGUUUUUGUGUUUAUAUUAGCCAUCUACUUCCAACUAAUGUUUCUUGUAAUCCGAAGAUGAUGAUGAUAAAAGUGUAACCUUAAAAUAAUCUUAUCUAUAGAGAAAACAAAAAGAUCCUAUCUGGCUUUCAGUCUAUGUUUUUGUACACAUGACAAAAAUGUAUAUAAACAUAAUGCAUCCACUA